CGGCAUACAUUUUCUGAAACCACCAAUGGCAGCAACAAACAAUGGCGGAAUGUGGAGACGAUGUUGUUUUCCAGUCGUCGCUAGACAUUAACAAAAAGACGCACCAGGUACAGCUAACGCGGAGACACCUGACAUGGGACCUAGCUUCUCCGGGGAAACCCCUGCGGCAGACUGGAAGUCCGUCAUCGCAGCCAUUUAUUGGACACUCUGGUUGUAAGCAUGUGCCUCUACAAGAAAUCAUUGCAGUCAAUCUAGAGCGCAGUCUUGGUAAAGUGUCCCCAUUUAAGUCGGCCAAGAAGAAUUCCUCCACACCGCUAAAAGAGUCGCCUAUUUAUAUCGAGCUCCAGCCUCUCCACCCGGUCUCGUUUUCAGUUCACGUUGUCAAGAGAUGUCCAAACCACAAAUGGAAGAAGAAGAAAGUGACAUUUUUUUGUCAAGGAGAGAACCUUUGCAGGACAUGGGUAGAGAAGAUCGAAGAGGCCCUCUCCAACCCGGCACUGAAAAGACCCCGGAGUUUGCUGGUGUUUAUAAAUCCUUUUGGGGGUAAGAGACGAGCGCCGCGGGUGUUUGAGGAGACCGUGUCCCCACUGAUCGAGCUGGCCAAAAUCAGAACCCACGUUAUCACCACUACACAUGCAGGACAUGCCAAGGAGGUGAUAACCAAGUACGACCUGCAGUCAGUGGACGGAGUGGUUUGUGUGGGCGGUGACGGAAUGUUCACCGAGCUCCUAAACGGCUUGAUUGACAGGAAGAUGUUGGAGGCCGGGAAAAUUCAGACUCCCUCGGAACAACCUAUAUCCCCAGAUUUACGGGUUGGAAUCAUUCCAGCAGGGUCCACAGAUGCUAUCUGCUUCUCCACAACAGGGAUAAAUGACCCGAUGACAUCAGCUAUACAUAUGAUUAUAGGUGACUCUACAGCUAUUGACGUCUGCUCAAUCUACAGUGGGGACCAGUUUCUUCGCUACAGCUCCUCCAUGUUGGCUUACGGUUACUAUGGAGACAUGUUGAAGGACAGUGAAAAUAACAGAUGGAUGGGGCCAAAGCGCUACCAAGUUGCUGGGGCCAAAAAGUUUUUGGCCAAUAAAUCCUAUGAAGGAGAAGUGUCCUUUAAAUUGGCAUCAUCUGCUGAUACAAACCCAAAAGACAAGAUGAUGUGUAACUCAGGUUGUAAUAUUUGUGCAAUGAGUCAAUUCUCUCAGGAGGAAAAAGGGCCAGACUCGUGGCACACAGUGCGGGGGAAAUUCCUAGCGGUGGCCAGCUUCACUAUGAGCUGUCGCUGUCUCAUCAGUCCCAUCGGCCCCUCCCCCUACUGUCACCUUGGCGAUGGAACCUCCGACCUACUCCUGAUACAGCAGUGCUCACGGAUACAGUUCUUGCGUCACCUGUACAGGUGUUCCACAACCAACGGCAACCAGUUUGACCUGCCAUUUAUCAAGGUGUUUCGGGUCAGAGAGUGGAGCUUCUCUGUACAGACCGAUACAGAGGGUGACACUGACCCUCAGUCCCAGCCGUCCCCACCCCCUAGGGAGAGCCGCGCCCCCACCCACAGCGUGUGGAACUGUGACGGGGAAAUCAUCACCUCACCCAAUCUCAACAUCAGAGUCCAUUGUCAGCUGAUCUCCCUGUUUGCCAGAGGAAUUGAGGACAUGGAGUCCCCCACCCCACAGUCUUGUGCAUCCUGUUGUAACGUGUGUGACCCAGAGGACAAUUAUAAAAGUAUAGGAGGUCACACAUGAUUGGUCAUGACAGGUUGAAGGUCAAUUGUCAUGGUUGAUCGAUUCAUUUGGAUUACAGGUCAUGUGUGAACAAUGUAAGGUCAUGGAUCAAAGAUUAUGUCUGAGUAUAGGUCAUGGAUGACUUAGAUUUUCAUUCUUAAAAUAUACAUGACUGAAUCCUUCAUCUCUCUGAUGAAGCAUAACUUACUCAUGGUGACAGUUGUUAUAGAUUUAUUUGUACUUUGCCAUAAUUUGGGAACAUGAGAGAUAGUUUCUAUAUUUUUCGGUAAAAAUAUAGAGAUUUAACUAUUUUCUAUUUUUUCUUAAAAAGUUGUGUUAUUGAAUGCAAGUAAUUAAUUUGAGGAACAUAUUUUUGUAAAUUGUGUGUAUUCAUAUAAAAGUACUUGUUGAAUGUACAACCCACCUAAAUCUUACAUACUUGGAGGUGUUAAAAAGAAGAAACAAGGCCUGGCCCGUGUUUUGAUAUUUCAAACUUUUGGUCUUGAGGUCAUAAUGGAGAAUUUUUACAUGUAGAACAUGUAAUAAACCAAUGUCUGUGAUAUUAUUUAAAGCUCUGAAGAGGACACUUUAUUUAUUAACUGUAUACUUUUACUAAUUUAAAAAAUAUUAUAAACCAAUCAUAAGGG